CAGGCCAGCUGGGAGAGCAUGCAAUUUCUGCAUGACUUGUAUCUUUUUAUAUUUAGCCAUUUUUGUACGUCCCCCGACGUGUACUCGAAAAGAAGAGAAGGUGCAUCCCCGGGGGUGAUAUAUAUCGGCGGCCGUUAGCAAGAACUUCGACUCCGACGAGUACUGUGGAGGGUGGGCUUUCUUCGAUCUGUGAGGGUUGGUAUUUAAUCUCUUCCUUUGUUUUUAAGUUCUGAUCCUUACUUACUUACUUACUUACUUGAGUUGCUUGUUUGUACCUAAUUUCCACAGGAUGGCUGAUGCUGCCGGAGGAGGAGGUGACCCAGGGCUGAAGGCUUUCAGUUCUGCUGCCAAGCUUGUUGAUCGCUUGGAGAUGUUGAUCGAGAAUCUGGUGUGGAGGCAGACGAUGAAGAUCGCGGAGGCGAGGCUGCUGAGGGACAGAUUGGGAUGGGCGAUGGCUACCAAAGCGGAGAUCUUCGUUGGGGACGCAAAGGACAUCGUGACCGUCGGGCGGCUGUGGAGGGAAUUUGGGUUCAAAGGGACAGUCAAGCCUAACGGCGAGCUUCCUAGUGAGACAACUUCUGAGUUGACUAGGCUUGCGGUGAGUGCAUAUUUGAAUGUGUGAAGGUGUUAGAGGAGGAUGGAUUGGAUGGGUUUUUUUUUAGAGGGCCGGGGUAAUCGUAGUUUAUGGUUCGGAAUUGGAAGAGAUCCUAUUAUGUUUUAUUGGGUAGUUGGAUGAAUAUGAAUGAUAUAUUAUUAUUAUGAAUGAUAUGAACGAGUGAUUAGAUGGAAAUUAUUGCUCUUGCUAUCUGCUGGUUUUGGUCAAUCUUUGAUUUCAAUUGUCAACUAGAUUCAAGGAUCUUUUCUUUUGUAUGGUUAGAUAAUAAUUAAGUAAAAAGCACCUUGAGUUAAUCUUGUCCAUAUCUCUGUCAAGUCAACACACAUCUUCAUUACCAAAGAAGAUCGGGGUAAUUAAGUUCAGGUUUAAUUCGGUGGAGAAUGUCAUGUGAGUUAAUAAUUCUGAUGCAUAUAAUUAACUAGCUUUUACCCGACCCGUUCAUUACUUCAUAAUAAUCGAAAGUGAUCUUUGCACUACUUGAUAAUUGUGACAUUGAUAACAAUUAGUUCAUAUGUAUUUUUGUUAAUCAGAUUAUCCUAACUCACUACGGCCUAUACAUGUUUCGUAUUAAAAGAAUUUGCCCUAUUUAUUGUAUCAUAAAUUGCUUAAAAUUAUUUCUUUAUAUUGGUAUUAUUAACUUGGUUUACUAUUAGAUACAAUAAAACUAAAACAAUUAUGCAUUAAAUUAAAAUAGUAAUUAGAAUUUCUUCAACGGAUUAACUUAUUGCUACAAAAGCAUAAAAUUGAUCAUCUUAAGAUUUCCAAUCGUGCUCCAUCAGACACAAAUCAAAAACCUUUCACGAACAUAAUAGGAGGGAAGCAUAUAGCUAAAAUAAAGAAGCGAAAUGGCAGACCGAUAGAAACAAAUAUCAAAAGCUGGCUGGUUGAUGGCUGAGAAUUACCUUGACAGAGAGAAGCUGCUAGUGGAGUUUUCGCUGAAAUGCUUUCGUGGGUCUGUGUGAUUUAAACUGCCUUUUAUACGCAUAACGCAGAAGGUGAUUUCGUUUGCUGGCAUGAAUCGAGCUUGGGUUUGUAGCUGAAAUUACCUCGACAGAGAGAAGUUGAUAGUGGCAUUUCUAGAGGAAGCACUUUAACACCCCAAUUUCUUCGUUAGAACAUUACACCCGCCGACGUCGAAUCUCAGACAUGGAGAGCAGGAGGAUAUGGGUGGAUCUAGCUACCUCCGACACGAUCCCUAUUCGACACUGAAUUUGCCCACUGACAUCCACUUGGACGUCGUCCAACCACUGACAUGCAAAACAACCGUUUGAUCCUGGCUUCCCAAUGAAAGGAGAGGACGGAGAACGACGAUAGAGAUGAAGGGAGCGGAGGAAGGGCCCUCUACGAAACAUUUAGGCCAACAGUGGUAGACGACUAAUGUAUCAAUCCCUAGCCUUUCUGACAAUCAUUGUUAUCCUUAUCACCCAACAUUUUACUAAACCCAUUACCUAUUGCAAAUUUUAGGUAGAGUUCCUACUAAAGUACACAAAUCCCCCUACAACAAUUUAAUCAGAACCACUGGUUAGACAUUCACUCAUGGCAAAUUUGAGAAACUGGUGCAAAACUCUACCAUCCUAAAUUUGAAAAUAGUCAAGUGUAAAAAUAAUUUAAGUCCAUCCAACUAUACCUGAAAUAAUAAGGGAUCCUACAGUACAUCAUCAUAUACAACUAACAUUGCUAUGUAAGUUAAGCAUUCUAGGAAGGGGCGGAUACAUGUGCCUCUAGGGGUGUCCCGGGACACCCCUAAAAUUUGGGGAAAUGAUUAUCCAACCUCCGGUACUAAUUUCGUAUGUGUAUACAAAAUAUAAUUGGUAAUCUGGGACACCCUAACAUUUGAAAAAAUGAUUAUCCUACCCUCGAUAAUAGUUUGCUUAUGAUUAAUAAAAUAUAAGUGGUAGUCCGUG